UUGCACAGAGCAGCUGCCCAGUUCCCCAGAAAACCGACUUAGAGGUUGUAGCUUAGGCGGCUCCGAUUCAGCCAGCCCCUCCGUGCAGCCGCUUCUGAUGGCCCUGCGGCUCCUGCUCCAUGUCGCCGUGCUCAGACUGGGCACCACCCGACCCUUGGUUCAGGGUCUCGGCUUCCGCGAACCAGCGGUUGCCUGGCCCUCCUUCUUCCACCUCAACUCGCCCCUGGAGGUUCAGGAAACCAGGCAAAUUCCGAAAAACGGGAGCGCGCCCCUGCUCGUAGACGUGCAGGUGUUCGUGUCAAACGUGUUUAACGUGGACAUCCUGCGGUACACGAUGUCCUCCAUGUUGCUGCUUCGGCUGUCCUGGCUGGACACUCGCCUGGCCUGGAACGGGAGUGUGUACCCCCGGCGCAUGGUUACACUGCCCUGGGGCUCACUGUGGACUCCGGGACUCACUCUCCAGGAGGCGCUCUGGGUGGACUGGCAGAACCAGAGUCCACAGGCCCGAGUGGACCCAGAUGGCCACGUCGAGCUCUACCUGGCCCUCACUACGGAGACCAACUGCGACUUUGAGCUCCUCCACUUCCCCAGGGACCAGAGCGACUGCACCCUCAGCUUCUACGCUCUCAGCAACACUGCGAUGGAGCUCGAGUUCCAGCCCCACGUGGUGAAUGAGAUUGUGAGUGUCAAGAGGGAAUAUGUAGUUCGGGAUUUGAAAACCCAAGUCCCACCCCAGCAGCUGGUGCCCUGCUUCCAGGUGACGCUGCGCCUACAGAACACAGCACUAAAGGCCAUCCUGGCUCUGUUGGUACCUGGGGAGGCGCUGUUGUUGGCUGACAUGUGCGGGGGGCUGCUGCCCCUCCAGGCCACUGAGCGCACUGCCUACAAGGUGACCCUGCUGCUGGGCUACCUGGUCUUCCACUCCUCCCUGGUGCAGGCCCUGCCCAGCUCCUCCUCCUGCAACCCACUGCUCAUUUACUACUUCACCGUCCUGCUGCUGCUGCUCUUCAUUAGUACCAUGGAGACCGUGCUGUUGGCCGGGCUGCUGGCCAGGGGUCACCUCAGGGCCAAGAGCAGCCCCAGCCCAGCCCCAAGAGGGGAGCGGCAAGAUCCUGGGCACCCAGGGCCUAAUCCUGAAGAAGCCCCCAGAGGAGUAAAGGGGUCCUGGAGCAGCUGGGCUGAGGCUGCUGACCACACCUUCUUCCUGGUGUAUGUGGCGGGGAUGGUGUGUAGCCAGUUUGUCUUCGCUGGACUCUGGAUGUGGGCAACAUGCAAGUCUGAUCCAGCCCCCGGCGAGGCCGCACCCCAUGGCGGGCAGCCCAGGCUGUAAAGGGCAGGACCUGGGCUGCAGACCUCGGGGAGGGCCAU